AAAUUAGUUCCGGUAACCAUAGGAUUGAGAUUCCAUUCUGGGCAAAUAGAGUUCUCCGCUUUGGAGCCCCAAAGUUACAGUUGAAGUCUGUGAAUCCAUCCACCUUUGUCUCUUUCACCCGCAGUGACGAUACACUCAAUUCAUCUAACAUGCAUGCACACACAAUCACUCUCCUUUUCUAAUUACUCUUCCUUCUACUCAUACACCCAGCUCCAGGGGAUUUUCUGAUCAUACUCAAUCAAGCUUUUUUUCGGUUUCUUUUCCUCGAUUGGCCCGUGGGAACACGGCGCCGCAAGACUGGGUUCUGACUUCUGACUCGUGGGCAGCUCAGACUUUGGAAUUUAAUUCCAGACUGUUAAAAUCAAGUUGUUCCUAAAUUGUCAUGCUGAAUGCUGCUUCCCAUCGGUGGGGGUGGGAUGAAUUCUACAAUGGAUGACAUGAAUUUGAUUCAGCAGGCUCAGAGGCAUCACCUGGUGGUAAGGGAGAUAGAAGAGAUUGAUUUGGAAAUUGGACCGGGGGAUGAUGAUGGCCACUCGUUUGCCCAGAACAGUCUGAUUGCUGUUACACCACAAGAAUCUUCAGCUGAUGAGCACAGAGAGAACAAGCACAUGAUGGUUUCUCAACUUCCUACCGACAGUGAGGAUAUGUCAAAGACACAACCAGUGAAAAAGAAGAAAAAGGUUGUCAAAAGAUGGAGAGAAGAAUGGGCUGAUACAUAUAAGUGGGCCUAUGUUGAUGUGAAAGAUGGAACACCAAGGAUAUUCUGCUCAGUUUGCAGGGACUAUGGUCGGAAGCAUCGAAGGAAUCCUUAUGGAAAUGAAGGCAGUAGAAACAUGCAGAUGAGUGCAUUGGAAGAGCAUAAUAAUAGUUUACUUCACAAAGAGGCUCUUCGUCUCCAGAUGGCCUCCAAAGAUAAACUUGUUGCUGAUAAACCAGUAUAUGUGAAAGCACUCAUGUCAAAAACAUCUGGAUCAAUUAUUGAAGCGGCAUUGAAAAGAGAUCCUCAAGAAGCUGAGUUUAUACAGUGCAUUCAAGAGGCAGUUCAUGCAUUAGAAAGAGUGAUUUCAAAAAACUCCAAUUAUGUCAGCAUGAUGGAGCGGCUAUUAGAACCUGAACGUAUGAUUAUCUUUCGAGUUCCAUGGGUUGAUGAUAGGGGUGAGACACAUGUGAAUCGUGGAUUUCGGAUUCACUUCAAUCAGACACUUGGUCCAUGCAGGGGCGGUCUCCGUUUCCACUCAUCAAUGAACUUAAGCAUUGCCAAGUUUCUUAGUUUUGAACAGACUUUAAAGAAUGCCUUAUCUCCAUAUAGACUAGGUGGUUCUUCAGGUGGAAGCGAUUUUGAUCCAAAAGGCAAAAGUGACAGUGAGAUCAUGCGAUUUUGUCAAAGCUUUAUGAAUGAAUUAUUUCGUUAUUUGGGCCCUGACAAGGACCUUCCCACAGAGGAGAUGGGUGUUGGCACACGUGAAAUGGGUUUCCUAUAUGGUCAAUAUCGUCGGCUGGCGGGUCAAUCUCAGGGAAGUUUUACAGGACCUAGAGUGAAUUGGUCAGGCUCGAGUCUUCGCACUGAGGCUACUGGCUAUGGAUUGGUUUUCUUUGCACAGCUUAUUCUUGCAGACAUGAACAAAGAAUUAAAAGGACUAAGGUGUGUGGUUAGUGGUUCUGGAAAAAUUGCAAUGCAUGUCCUAGAGAAGCUUAUUGCAUAUGGGGCUGUUCCCAUCACUGUAUCAGAUUCAAAAGGUUAUCUGGUGGAUGAAGAUGGAUUUGAUUUCAUGAAAAUAUCUUUCCUAAGAGACAUUAAAGCUCAGCAUAGAAGUUUAAGAGAUUACUCAAAAACUUAUGCUCGCUCAAAAUACUAUGAUGAAUCAAAGCCUUGGAAUGAAAGGUGUGAUGUGGCAUUCCCCUGUGCCUCACAGAAUGAAAUUGAUCAUUCUGAUGCCGUUAACUUGGUAAACUCGGGUUGUCGCAUAGUUGUAGAAGGCUCAAAUAUGCCUUGUACCCCUGAGGCAGUUGACGUUCUGAGGAAGGCUAAUGUUAUAGUUGCUCCUUCUAUGGCUGCUGGGGUGGGAGGGGUAGUUGCUGGGGAACUGGAACUGAAGGAGUGUAACUUAAACUGGUCUCCCGAGGAUUUUGAAUCAAAGCUACAGGAAGCAAUGAAACUGACAUAUCAAAGAGCAUUAAAAGCAGCAAGUGACUUCGGUUAUCAGAAAGAGAGUCCUGAGGCUUUGGUACAUGGAGCUGCAAUUUCCGCCUUUCUUACCAUUGCCAAUGGCAUGACAGAUCAAGGGUGCGUGUAGUUUCACACCCUCAUCCCCCGGGCUUCCUUCCUUCCUUCCUUCAAUGCUUCUUCAUACAAGCCUGAGAUGCAUCUUACUUGGUGCAAAUAUGAAACUAAAGAUGUCAGGCAUUGCAGUAUCGCGCUGUGCCGCUGCCAGUUUAAUGCAUUAUUUGGGCAGCCAAGGAAACUGCACAUCUCAAUGGUGUGUUUUGUGUACUGUAGACUGUAGUUGAACACUGAAUUGCCCAUGUUUGGGAUAGCUAUAACAGGGGAAAGGUGUAAAAGGUGGUGUUGGAACUGUUGAACCAAUUAUUCAUUCAAGUAUAAUUCACCUUGUAUUAACAAUGUGGAAUAUUUGGAAGAAGGGAUAAAUUCAUCCACCCCUCUAUCUUACUACAUAUUUGGUUUCAA